UAUGCUGUUUGGUUUGCACAGGGAGGUGUGAUGCAUUGUACCGCAAGAAAUAACAUUGCGCACUACUUCUUUGACAAACUCAAAGAGGGCGGGAUAUAUUUACUCAAGGGUUUUACGGUACAGAACACUGAUCAAUACCGGAUUCUGAAAGACACCCCCUUUGUUAUUGGGUUAAAUGGUUCCACGAUUGUGAAGAAGGUUGACGAUGCCAGUGGUUCCUUUACGCGCUACCCGUUCUUACUUACGGCGUUUGAGGACCUCCAACCAACUGAGGGCAAGUUUUUUGUAGAUGUUGUAGGAUAUGUUACUGACGUGGGGCCGCAGUCUGUGAAAGCAACGGGUGCUCGCACGGUCGAGUUCAACCUAACAAAUGAACGCAAGCGCGGAGUUAGAGUGACGUUGUGGGGUCAGCUGGGUGAUGCUAUGCUCAAGAAGAAAGAACAAAACCCCGCUGUCUAUUCUAUAAUCUUGACUUCCAUGAGCGCAAAGUUUCACUUAGGCGCUCUUGGUUUGUCUAGCUCAUCAUCAACUAUGAUCAUUGAUUCGCCCAGGUGCCCGCCCUCCAAACUUUCAAGACAUCCAUUAGGUACUGCUGAAUAUCCAACUAUGAUUCCCAGCUGUGUUGCCAUUGGAGAUACUAGCGAUCCAAUCACCGAGGAUGUGGUCUGUGUUGGUACGCUGCAAGAGCUUGUGGACAGGGUCCGUGCCGACAAAUCCAAAAAGAAGGUCAUCCUUUUCCGGAACGUUGUGGAGAUUAUGUCUAUUAGAACCAAGAACAGCUGGUAUCUUUUCGCGUGUUCCGGUAGCAAGUGUCGUAAGGGGAUGACAAGAGAGGACAGUUACUUCAUUUGCAAGGCGUGUGAAUCAAAGGUUGACUAUCCAAGGACAAGGUUUCGCAUUCAGGCGGAUGUAACUGACGAAACGAUGAGCACUGUAGUCGUCCUCUUUGAUGAAGCUGCUGAACAAUUGGUUAAGCGGACGGCGAAAUCCUUGGUAGAGGAACAGUUGAAGAUUGUUGGCCCUGGUAUGGAUGAUGCGGAUAUGAGCGUUGAUACUGUUGCGAUUGGUUUGGGUGCAACACCAUCCGGCUCCCUAAAGCGUGGUUCGAACCUCCCGCCGCUGACCCCUGUAACUGGACGCAAACUUAGAAAGUUCUGCGUUGAAGACUCGGAUGAAGAUGAUGAUGGGGUGCGGGUUGAUCGUAAGGAUGUUACUGAUGUGCUAGACGAUGGUAGGGAUGAUGAGGAGGGUUCUUGCUGA